AUGCCCGUGACAAAGAGUGCCGGGGGCCCCCAGGGAGCCGUUGACCUCAAACUGGACCUCAGGUACCCACCCAAAAGUGCCAAGAGGCUGCACAGCAAGGACUCCAGUUUCUGGGAUGGACACCCUUCCGAGUCGCCAGGCUUAGAGAAAACCACAGGCAUAACAGCAUUCCAGACUUUGGUUCACCUGGUAAAAGGCAACAUGGGCACAGGGAUCCUGGGACUUCCCCUGGCUGUGAAGAAUGCGGGCAUCCUGACGGGCCCGCUCAGUUUGCUGGCAAUGGGCUUCAUCGCCUGCCACUGUAUGCACAUCCUGGUCAAGUGUGCCCGGCGCUUCUGCCACAGGCUUAACAAGCCCUUCAUGGACUAUGGCGACACAGUACUGCACGGACUGGAAGCCAGCCCCAGCGCCUGGCUCCGGAGCCAUGCCCACUGGGGAAGGCAUAUCGUGAGCUUCUUCCUUAUAGUCACCCAGCUGGGCUUCUGCUGUGUGUACGUUGUGUUUCUGGCUGAUAAUUUAAAACAGGUAGUGGAAGCAGUUAAUGGCACCACCAACAACUGCCAUUACAAUGAGACAGUGAUUCUGACGCCCACCAUGGACUCUCGACUCUACAUGCUUGCCUUCCUGCCCUUCCUGGUGCUGCUGGUCCUCAUCCGGAACCUCAGGGUCUUGACCGUCUUCUCCAUGUUGGCCAACAUCAGCAUGCUGGUCAGCUUGAUCAUCAUCACCCAGUAUAUUGCCCAGGAAAUUCCAGACCCCAGCCGGUUGCCACUGGUAGCAAGUUGGAAGACCUAUCCUCUGUUCUUUGGAACAGCCAUUUUUUCAUUUGAAAGCAUUGGCGUGGUUCUUCCCCUGGAAAACAAGAUGAAGGAUGCCCGCCGCUUCCCAGCCAUCCUGUCUUUGGGAAUGUCCAUCAUCACUGCCCUGUACAUUGGCAUCGGGGCCCUGGGCUACCUGCGGUUUGGAAACGACAUCAAGGCCAGCAUAACCCUUAACCUACCCAACUGCUGGCUGUACCAGUCGGUCAAGCUCUUGUACAUCGUGGGUAUCCUGUGCACUUACGCCCUGCAGUUCUACGUCCCUGCAGAAAUCAUCAUCCCCUUUGCCACCUCGCAGGUGUCAAAGCGCUGGGCACUGCCUCUGGACCUGUCCAUCCGCCUCGCCAUGGUCUGCCUGACAUGCACCUUGGCCAUCCUCGUCCCCCGCCUGGACCUGGUCCUCUCCCUGGUGGGGUCCGUGAGCAGCAGCGCCCUGGCCCUCAUCAUCCCGCCCCUCCUGGAGAUCACCACCUACUACUCGGAGGGCAUGAGCCCCCUCACCAUCGCCAAGGACGCCCUGAUCAGCAUCCUGGGCUUUGCAGGCUUUGUGGCAGGAACCUACCAGGCCCUGGACGAGCUGAUCCUCUCGGGAGGCCCUCUCACCUUUUCCAACUCUACCGUUUUUAUUCAGUGA